AUGUUGAAUCAACAACAAGGAAAGAGAACCAUCACAAAUGCAUCAUCAUCCCGAAAUAGUCUCACAAAAUCAUCCACAACAUCAUCUACAAAUUUAGUGAAUUCUUCUACAACUUCAACUACGGCCUAUAACUCACGAACAACAACAACAGCAAGUCAUCAACACAAUGGCACAACAGCACAAACAAUACCAUCCUCUUCAAACCGUAUUGCUCCGACAACAACUACUACAAUGAAUUUUGGUAGGCCAGUGCCAGCUACAUAUCAAAAAACAACAAUGGACACAAAUACCAUCACUACCAUCAAUCAUAUUCCAACAGUAGCAUCAACAAAAUCAAAUUUCGUUGUUCCUCCAAAGUUUCCGCAACAACAACAACAAGCAAGCACUAUAACAAAUAGUAAUGGUUUUGUGAGACCACCAAAUGUGGCCUACACCAAACCUCCAUCAUCAAGUAAUGUUACUCAAUUUUCAUCAUCUGCUGUCACUGCUCAAACUCCUCGUCGUUUGAAUAAUAUUCCAUAUUCUUCACUUACUUCUGGCACACAUCAAAAAAGUUCACACAGAAAAGCUCCUCUCAAGCUUGUCCAAGCCUUAAGUCCAACACAUCCAACACAAAAUUCAACCAACAGUUUAAUUCCGACUCCAACCAAAACAUCUCCUCAGCUUAACUUCAUAAACGUGGCAACCUCCCAUCCAAUACCCUCACUGAACAAUUCCUUCCAAAAUUCAAGUAAUCUGAAUCUCAAAAACACACUCCCCUAUCCUCCUAUACGUUCGUCUAUUCAAAGUAAUCAAAGCAACAUAUUUAUUAAACCUGCCAAAACAUUCAUAAACAACCAGGAACAUGUUGAUAAACAAUCAUCUCAUGAGUUAAAAGCAAAAAUAGACGAACUUGAAAGAUAUAGAUCAGAAGUAGAAAAAUUAAAGUCAAAAGUGGCAAAAUUUGAGGCAGAAAAAGAAGAACUAGAGCGUUCAAACAAAGAAUUACAAGACCAAUUAACAGUUAUGGCUCAGAAAAACAAAAUGCCUCAAGAAAGCCAUAACAGUGAGACAAUGGAUGAUGAUGUUGAAUUUGACGAAGAAUUCAUGUCUGAAGUCUUAAAAGAAAUGGGUGAGCAAGAGUCACAAAAGGAUACAAAAAAAGAGCCUGAGGAUGCAGCUGUCACCAUAUCUGUGACACCUGUUGUAGAACAGAACAAUACUGAAAUUACUGUUGUGUCUGAGAAACCCAAGCCUCCAACAGCGCCUAAGAAAACAUCGAAGAGGAUAAAAUGGAAAAAUAAGAAUAUAUCAGAGUUGCAAAAAGAUCCCUCCCUUCACAAAGCGCUCUACAAGCUGUUAACAUAUCGAGAAAUUUCAGACCAAACUCAAAUUUUUGAACAGUUCGACAAACAGAUUACAGAGGACAGUGAUAACAUGGUCACAGACGAAGAGGAUAACUCUCUUUCAAGAAGACUUUGGAAAGCACACAGAAUAAUUUCAAAUGACCAAUCCAAAAUGCAUCUUUUACUUCCUCUCUUGAGUGCAUAUCUACAACAAUCUGUAGACGAAGAUUUAUUUUAUUGUACUCUGGAUACGAUUCACAAGCUAUUGCUAGAAAGCGAAAUAUUUAGAAAUUCCUUCAUUGCCUCCUUCACCAACAACCAAGAACCCUCCGAUAGUCCACUCAACGCAAAGACUACCGAGUCUGGCUAUUGCCCACAUGCUUUGUUUAAAAAUCCAAACAUUUUUAUGGUUGAGGCCAAUAAGAAGAAUCUCACAAAAAAGAUUAGAGACAAAAAACAUUUGGUAUCUGAACUGUAUUAUUAUCUAGACACAGCUCCUUAUCCUCCUGAUUACAUUUUUGACUCUGAAAUGGAUAAGCAUGUCCUAUUUAAGAUUGAAAAUGUUCCAGAUAUUUCAAAAAUGUCUGUAUGCAAAACAAAUCUACUUUCAGAACUUAUUGGAUAUUUAUCAUCAACUCAUCAGGAUUAUGCCAUGGUGUUACAAGAUAAUUCAUGUCUUGUGUUGUUAGAUAUUCUCAAAGUUCUUGCGUUAUGGUCCUCAGAAGAUGCUCUCGAAAAUUUUUUACCAUUAUUAGAAAUUUUUGAAAAAGGUACUGAACAUGUAUUUAACAUAAGCAUUUUGGAAAAGGAAAUUGAGACACUAAUUAUCUUAAUCAAGUCUGAAUCUAUCCGCAAGAAAUUAUCAGAUACUAAGCUAUUAUUUAUUAUUUCCGGUUUUCUCAAUGUUGAUUAUCCCAACACCAGUCAAGAUAAUAUUCUUAAACUAAGACUCUUGAUAAUGCGCCUAUUUUCAUAUAUUGCAUUUUUAUGUCCAGAAGGGGUUUCUUUGUUAAAACAACCAAAGUUUACUCAAGAAACAGUAAUAUUCGAUAGAAUGAUUUUAUUAUUGGCAAAAGAACUCGAACAUUUGUCGUCUUUAGUGGAAAUUAAGAGUGAAGACGAAACAAAGAUUCAAUUAGUAAGAGAGAUUAUUUUAGUUUUCAAUCAGAUUUGUUCUCUCAAUGGACGCCUUUGCACCUCUCAAUCGCUGGUUCUAGAUUAUUUAUUUUCUAAAGAAACACUGAAACUUCUCAAAGAAAAACGAAUCAAAGGACAAAAACCCUUUGAUUUUGAAGAAUUAUAUUAA